AUGAACGCCAACACCAAUAGCUCAAUGGCUUGCCACACCCCUGUAUCCAUUGACGGUGAAUUGGGCCCUUCUCACUUUGCACUUAUAUCUAUCGAUAUAGAAGGCAGUCUUCACUUGCGGUGCUCUCGGUCGAUUGCCAAAACCUUCCAGGGAUCCCUGUCGGUACGGUUAGCGGAUGUCUUUUUGAAGGCUGUCAUGAUGUCAGGAGAAGCUUGUUCGGCGAUAGAUGAAGGUAGGUUUCAUAUUAACUGCACAGAGUACGAUCAAAUGACAAUCUUAGCAUACUAUGGCGUCCCAGCAUCACCUUACCAAACCGCGCCAGCCAUUAGAGAAAGUUCGCACCCCAUUGCCCCUCGCAAGACGGGCUUAGAUGGCAAAGAGCAAACACGAAAUUUCCCACCAGCUAGUCUACUUCCGCCAACGGCAGAGUCGACCCACACAGAGUCUUUGUCUCCCUGGGACACACAGAGUCUGAACCCCACAAAAAGAAAUGUUUGGAGCGAUGACAACAGAAUGUGGAGGCCGGAAGUCACGAUAUCUAUUAUAGACCGCACUUUGCUACGGAAAUACUAUGAGAAGGCAUUUCAAAACCUGCAGCAGACGAACUGCCGGGCCCUCGCGAAAGCCUAUAUCAAGCUGGUGGAGCCCCGCAAGCAGAUGAUUUUUCCGUAUAACGGGCGCAUGGUCGUCGCAGGGGUCACUCAGCAGCUUGACCCAGAGGUGACCAAGCCGCCCUGGUGGCCUCGCAGAGUGAGGCACCGAGAGCCUGACCAUCUUCUGAAAGAGGAGCGCAUCAAGCUUCUAAUUCAUAUAUUGUGCGAGCUGCGUACUAGCCACCGUAUCACGGCCAGAAAGCUUCGGGAGGCCGACCAGCGAAUUCGCCGGCAUAUAUUCCCAGCAGAGCGAUUAUGCAUCUUGGAUGAGAUCUAUCGGGUUCGACGGGAGGAGGAAGAUUUAUUGGAGGGGAAGAGUGUCUGGAUUUGUCGUAUGAACCUGCCGGAAGCAACGGGGGCCACAUUCAACCACAAUGAAUAUACCAGACAGAGCAUCCCCUUUGAUCCAGCAUCCCCAAUCUCGAGCACCACAUCUGCAUGUGUCAAAUCAGGCUCUACUAAGGAUGCUCCGCCGGCAUUAUUUGCGCCUGUACCAAAUUUCCCGGACUUACCUCUGGGCCAUCCCUUUGACGUACAUGGUCAUUUUCCUGGGGAAUACUACACAGGACUGGAUCCCGAGAUCAUACGUGGCUUUGACAUGACUGUGCCAAUAUCAAUGCCGUCGCAGGGUCUGAAAAGGAAACGCGAAAGCGAAGACAUCUCUCAUGUCGAUGCCACCAGGCCGGCUGCACUCACGCACGACCUCUCUUCUUCGGUCACUGUCCAUCUCCAACCCUAUCCGGUAGAGUACUCAGGCGAAUCUUGCGACUUCCUGCAGCAAGUUUUCGUGUCGCCUGGGCUCUCUACAACCGAAGCAUUGGCGCAGCCGAAGGAGGGGCCUGAUAUCUCUUACAAUUUCGGCUAUUGGUAA